CUGUUGACUGAUGUAUGAAAACAAACCGUGUAUAUAUACCCAUUACAUCACAGCCAGUGGCAAUUCUUCUUGCUUCUCUCUUCUCUUCCCUAUCCUUCCGCCGCUAAUUCCUCUGUAUUUAUCUUUAUCCAAAAUAUUAUCCAUCAUUAUGGAACUUGCGGCUUCCUUUCAGCCUUUCUGUGCUUUCUUCAGCUCCCACCAAUUUUUUUCGGCCACCACCACCGUCAUCAUCUUCUUUAUUUCCUCCCUCUUGUCUCUCACGCAUUCGUUAAUUGUCAGACUCAAUGUUUUCUGUAGCUGCGAAACUUGCCAGUCUUAUCUCACUUCAAGCUGGUCCAAAAACUUCCCUAACCUUUGCGAUUGGUUUGCUCACCUUCUUCGAAACUCCCCUACUAAAACCGUCCACAUCCAUGUCCUUGGGAACACGAUCACAUCGAACCCAGAAAACGUCGAGUACAUGCUCAAGACAAAUUUUGAUAAUUUCCCGAAAGGGAAAACUUUCGCCAUGAUCCUCGGCGAUUUCCUGGGUCGAGGUAUUUUCAACGUGGACGGCGAACCGUGGAGGUUUCAGAAAAAGAUGGCCAGCUUGGAGCUUAACAAGUACUCCGUAAGAUCCUUCGCUUUUGAGAUUGUCAACUGUGAAAUCCAACAUCGCCUUAUCCCACUUCUGCUAUCAAAGCAAGGCAGCGUUUUGGAUUUGCAAGAUGUUUUCAGAAGAUUCUCGUUCGACUGCAUCUGCCGGUUCUCUUUUGGGUUGGACCCUAAGUGCCUAGAGUUGUCACUUCCCAUGUCGGAGUUCGCCGAUUCCUUUGACCUGGCUUCCAGAUUAUCAGCAGAGAGAGCGAUGACAGUGUCCCCUCUCGUAUGGAAGAUCAAAAGGAUGCUCAAUCUAGGCAGCGAGAAGAGACUCAAAAAAGCAAUCAGAAUGAUUAAUCUGUUGGCUAAAGAGGUGAUAGGGCAAAAGCGAAAAAUCGGGUUUUCCGCUCACAAAGAUUUGUUAUCACAGUUCAUGACCACCGUAAACGACGACACGUACUUGAGGGAUAUUGUGAUAAGCUUCCUAUUGGCUGGUCGUGACACGGUGGCUUCAGCACUGACCAGCUUCUUCUGGCUAUUGGCCCAACACCCAGAAGUCGAAUCAGCGAUUCGGGACGAAGCAGACAAAGUAAUCGGACCCGAAAAAGAGCUCACCAACUUUGAACAGUUGCGGCAAAUGCACUAUUUACAAGCAGCAGUGUAUGAAAACAUGAGGCUGUACCCUCCAAUCCAAUUCGAUUCUAAGUUCUGCUUAAACGACGAUGUGCUGCCCGACGGGACAUCCGUGAAGAGUGGAACUAGGGUUACUUACCACCCAUAUGCCAUGGGUCGGUCGGAGGAAAUUUGGGGUCCAGAUUGCUUUGAAUUCAAACCCGAAAGGUGGUUGAGGGACGGGCAGUUUUACCCGGCAAAUCCAUUCAAGUACCCAGUUUUUCAAGCCGGCCUGAGGACGUGUUUGGGAAAAGAAAUGGCUAUGGUGGAGCUCAAAAGCGUGGCACUUUCGUUGGUUCGACGAUUUCAGAUCGAAUUGGUGGCGCCCAGUCGCAGCCCCAGAUUCUCUCCGGGACUGACGGCCACUUUCAGAUGCGGGCUUCCCGUACUGCAUAAUUUGCUGGGUAGCUAGGAGCGUCCCAUGAAUCAAACAAAAUACUACCAAAGAAAACGCCAUUGUUUUUCGUGCACCAUGUGGGGUGUAUUUGAUGACUGAUGACGAGGGGAAAGUGACCGGGGGGGAUUGCAGUGGCCUCCACUGGACCCUUGCAACAGAAGCAGAAUGUCUCGUUGUCGGCGGAAUCUCUUGAUUAUUCUAAAUUAAUGGACUACAAACGUUGUUGGAGCUCUCUGUAGCUGUUGUUUUUUGACUGUGCAUGUGCAUAAUCAUCCUCCUUGGGUUCAACACAGUUUUUAUAUAGUGCGCCACAGCAGCUAAUAGACAUGCUUGUGCUGUAUUCGUAGAUCUCAAUUAAGAGAGAUCGAGUGCCUCGCAAAGAAACUUGUAUAUAUAUGGUUGACGUGCAUAAUAUAUAUUGUACAGAUUAUA